UCAAAGGCGAAGCUCCAGCUCCAGAGUCUGUAUCAGGGCAGAGCAGGCUGGUCUCCAGCACAGAGCGUGGGGGAGAGGGAGGAAGAAGGACCCAGAGGGGGGUGAUGUGUGUGUGUCCCCUUGUGCCUGCCCCUCUGCCUGCACCCCAGGAAUGGGGGCCCCAGUAACCUGCCUGCUGCUGCUCCUGCACCUCACAGCUGGGACGUCUGCAGAGCCGCACUAUGUGGUGGUGAGCCCAGCCGAGCUCUACCACCCGCACACGGGGACGGUGUCAGUUCAUCUCAGUGACCUCAACGAGACCGUCCGGGUGAGCGUCCGGCUGGAGAGGGGGGAUGGGCCCAGCGCUAUCACCCUGCUGGAGAGAGAGGUCCGGGAGCCCCGUCUGCACGAGAACGUGCGCUUCCAGGUUCCAGCCCCGUCCGGGGGGCAGCAGGAAGUGGCAGAGCUGCACGUCUCGAUCCGGGGAGAUGCCCUGCAGUUCUCGGAGCGGAAGAAGGUGCUGCUGCGGGCGCUGCAGCCCGGGACCUUUGUGCAGACGGACAAGGCCGUCUACAAGCCGGGACAGACAGUGAAGUUUCGAAUCGUCAGUUUGGACAAAGACUUUGUUCCCUGUACCCGGAAGCUGCCCCUGGUGACCGUGCAGGAUCCCAACGAGAACCGCAUCGCCCAGUGGCGAGAUGUGACUCCGCAGCAGGGCAUCGUGGAUCUGUCCCUCCCGCUGUCUGCAGAGCCGGCCCUGGGGACGUACGCCAUCGAGGCGCAAGGGACGAGGCACUCGUUCAGCGUGGAGGAAUACGUGCUGCCCAAGUUCGAAGUGACCCUGGAGCUGCCCCCCGUGGUGACGGUGCUGGAUGAGACGCUCCUGCUGCGGGUGUGCGGCCGAUACACCUACGGGAAGCCCGUCCUGGGGAGGGUCCAGGCCAGCCUGUGUCGGGAGGAACAACCAGUAAAUCACUGGAACCAUCUUCGUGCCAAGCGAACCGAGGCUCAGUGCACGGAGCUUACCGGCCAGACUGACAGCAACGGCUGCUUUUCCAGAGAGGUGGGGACGGCUCCCUUCAACCUGACCUACUCUGGCUAUGAGAUGAGCCUCCAGGCCAAGGCGUCUCUCGUGGAGGAUGGGACAGGGGUGGAGCUCAAUGUGACCAAGAGCUGUGACAUCGUGUCUGAAAUCGCUACGGUGACCUUUGAGGAUGCUGACGAGACUUACAAGGCUGGAAUCCCCUACACUGGCAAGAUGCUCCUGAAGGUGGCAGGUGGCUCUGUGCUGAAGAAUGAGAAGCUGCAGCUCUUUGUUAGCUCUGGGAAUAAGAAUAAGAAGCAGACCUUCCUGACGGACGAGUCUGGCAGAGCCUCCUUCGAGCUGGACACCUCCGGCUGGACCAGGAGCGUCACUCUGAGGGGGCACUUCAAGCAUGUGGCUCGCAGCUCUGUGUAUGGGAGACUCUCUCCCCAUUAUCCGGAUGUCCAUCGUCACCUGCAGCCCUUCUACUCCAAGAGCCAGAGUUUCCUGAAGAUCCGCUGGCUGGGAGGGGGGCUGCCCUGCGACCAGGCCCAGCAGCUCCAGGUGGAUUACGUCAUUGCUAGGGAGGCCCUGGGGAACGGGUCCAGGAGCCUGGAGUUCAUCUUCCUGGUCGUGGCCAAAGGAGCCAUCGCCAGGAUCCUCCACAAGGGGCUGGACCUCAAGGAGGGGGCUGGGCUGAAGGGCUCCUUCUCGGUGGAGCUGCCUGUCGGCGCUGACCUGGUGCCCGCUGCCAAGGUGCUGGGUUACACGGUGCUGCCCGAUGGCGAGAUGGCUGCCGACCGCGCCCGGCUGCAUGUGGCCAAGUGCUUCCCGAACAAGGUGAAGCUGGCCUUCUCGCAGGACCGGGCCCUGCCGGGCUCAGAGCUCCAGCUGCGGGUGCAGGCUGCCCCCGGGUCCCUGUGCGCCGUCCGCGCCGUGGAUCAGAGCGUGCUGCUCAGGAAGCCCGAGGACGAGCUCAGCGUCGACACAGUCUAUAACCUGCUCCCAGAUUUUCCCCGAGGAGACUAUCCUGACGCAGUGCGAGAGCCGGAGUCAUGUCAUCCUCCGGGUGCUCCGGGUCCUCCGGGUGAUCCGGGAUGCGGCUUUGAAAAUUCUCACCAACACCAACAGCAAGGAGCCCUUCAGGACCCUAAGAACGUGGAGGCAGGUGUGGAUAGUGCAGCAGGGACCCCAGUGAGCAAUGCCCGGCCCGUGCCAGAACCCGGCACCCAGGAGGAACCAGCGCCACGUCUGUACUUCCCAGAGACGUGGCUGUGGGACCUGGUGCCUCUGGGCGAGGGGGGCUCCAAGGACGUCCCAGUCUCGGUGCCCGACACCAUCACGGAGUGGAAAGCUGGGAUGUUCUGCACGGCGGAGGUGGGCUUUGGGCUCUCGCCCACGGCCACCUUCAUGGCCUUCAAACCCUUCUUUGUGGAGCUGGCCUUGCCGUACUCCGUGAUCCGGGGAGAGGCCUUCGCCCUAAAGGCCACCGUCUUCAACUACCUGCGGCAGUGCAUCAAGGUGCGGGUGACGCUGGCAGAGUCUGCGCAGUUCCAGGUGCAGGCGGGCGAGGACGGCGCCUACACCAGCUGCCUCUGUGCAGACGAAGGGAAAACCUUCCAGUGGGAGGUGACGGCGAGCAGCCUGGGGGAGGUGAACUUCACCGUCAGCGCUGAGGCUCUGCACACCGAGGAGCUGUGCGGCACAGAGCUGGCCGUGGUGCCGGCCCAAGGGCGAGUGGACACCGUGAUAAAGCCCCUGCUGGUCCAGCCGGGGGGGAUCCUGGAGGAGAAGGCGCACAGCUCCCUGCUCUGCCAGGAAGCCUCCGAAGAAAUCUCCUUGCAGCUGCCUGCGAACGUCCUGGCGGGGUCCGAGCGGGCCCACGUGACUGUCCUGGGAGACAUAGUGGGCACAGCUCUGCAGAACAUAGACCGUCUGCUGGCCAUGCCCUACGGCGAUGGAGAGCAGAACAUGGACCGUCUGCUGGCCAUACCCUACAGCGAUGGAGAGCAGAACAUGCUCUGGUUCGUUCCCAACAUCUACAUCCAUCAGUACCUGGAGAAGAGCAGGCAGCUGAGCCCAGAGAUCAGAGACAAGGCCCAGGGAUUCCUCCAGAGCGGCUACCAGCGCGAGCUGCUCUAUAAGCACAACGACGGCUCUUACAGCGCCUUUGGGGGGAGAGACGCCACGGGCAACACCUGGCUGACGGCCUUCGUUCUCAAGUCCUUUGGCCAGGCCAGGCCCUACAUCUCCAUCGACGAGAAGCACCUAGAGGACGCCCUAAGGUGGCUGCAGCGCCACCAGCGGAAGACCGGCUGCUUCCGCAGUGUGGGGAAGCUGUUGAACAACGCCCUGCAGGGCGGCGUGGUGGACGAGCUCUCUGUCUCGGCCAUCACGGUGGUGCUGCUGGAGCUGGGGCAGCCGCCACGCACCAGCGACCUCUACACGCAGGCGCUGCUGGCCUACGCCGGGCUGGCGGGAGCACUGAGCUGCGGACGCCUCCUGCAGCGCCUGGCCCAGCACAGCGUCAGCGCCGGGGGACAGCUCCACUGGCAGAGAAAGUCCCUGUACGGCCCCUACGGGACCCAGGCUCCUUCGGUGGAGAUGACGGCUUAUGUGCUCCUGGCCUAUCUCUCCCUGCCCAACGUGUCUGCUGCCGACAUGGCGACCGCCACCCAGAUCGUCCGCUGGCUCAUUAAGCAGCAGAACCCCUACGAGGGUUUCGCCUCCAUGCAGGACACGGUGGUGGCCCUGCAGGCCCUGGCCAAAUAUGCGGCCCUGACGUACAGCGCAAGCGGGGCUGUGUCGGUGACGGUGAGCUCCCAGGCCGGGGCCCGGCAGCAAUUCCAUGUGGACAACGCCAACCGGCUGGUGCUGCAGCGAGCAGCCCUGCAGGAGAUCCCCGGGCAGUACACGGUGCGGGCCAGCGGCGAGGGCUGUGUCUUUGUGCAGCUGAUCCUGCGCUACAACGUGCCGCCCCCAAAGAGCGCCGCGACCUUUGACCUGCGGGUGGAGACGGAGCCGAAGGAGUGCACCGAGAGCGCCACAUCCCGCUUCAGCCUCGUGCUGCACACCCAGUACAGUGGGGAGCGCCCAGCCACCAACAUGGCCAUCAUCGAGGCCAAGCUGCCGUCCGGCUACACCCCCGUCAGGAGCUCCCUGCGGAAGCUGGAGAAGCAGCCUUUGGUGAAGAGGCUGGAGGUGCAGAAGGACCAGGUGACGCUCUAUCUGGACCAGCUGACGAAGGAGGCGGAAAGUUUCACCUUCUCCCUGGAGCAGGAUUUCCCUGUGAAGAAUCUCAGAGCAGCCCCAGUGAGACUGUAUGAUUACGAGAUGGGUGAGUCCCGCCCCGGGAGAGCUGCUCCUGUGGGCCCCAUGCAGAGGUGA